UAUAGGGAACUAGUCCAGGGAAGAGCGAAUCAAACUUAUGGAUUAAACAUAUACUUUAGCUCAAUUGAUAGCACUUAAUAUCUGCGCCGCCAUUCAUUGACGACAUCGACGAAUUGUUGCAUUUAUUUUAUUUCACAAAAUCCUUGUUUUUUUACUUAUUAGAGCACCAGAAUUGCUAAAGUAGCGCAAAUUUAAGAUAGCAGCCCACUUCAGCAAAUAGGCAGAGCAUCUGCUCGUAAAUCGGCCUUUAUGAGAAGAUACAGCGCUGCUAUAUAGCCUAUGUGUAAAUGAUAUAUAGCCUAUGUAAAAUAAAAUAAUAAUAAUAAUAAAAAUCGGAUUGACUGUUUUGCUGAAGACUUUCUUUGGUCGGCUUCAAGGCAUCUCACACCAGCAAUGUUCUCUAAAAUACUGGGUUCCUGAUGCUCACUUUAAACUGACCUGUAGUCUUCUGGCACCAAAAGAUUUUUUUUUUUUUUUCAGUAUACGUAAGACCAACUGCUCUUGAGUAAAAAGAUAUCAUGUCUUCCAGAGAGCGACGCUCCGACCUUUACAUAAAGGCUGAACCCAGCAGUCCCGAGGGAGGAGGAGGUGGUGGUGGGAGGACCAGCCCUGGAGGUGCCUCCUCAGACUCCUCACAAAGUGCAGGAGGCGGAUCCAGAGGAGAAGGCACUGGGCGUUACUCCCCGCCCCUGUACACGCCCGCACUGCGAUGCCAUUUUAAGGAGGAGGGCGCGGAUGGAGCAGAGGAGGGCUCUACAGGUAGUGGGGGCGGCCGCUGCAAGUAUGCGCUAAGCACACUUCCCAAAAGGCUAUGCCUGGUGUGUGGAGAUGUGGCUUCUGGUUAUCACUAUGGAGUGGCUUCCUGUGAAGCCUGCAAGGCUUUCUUCAAAAGAACCAUACAGGGCAAUAUUGAAUACAGCUGUCCAGCCUCCAAUGAAUGCGAGAUCACCAAGCGCCGCAGGAAGGCCUGUCAGGCAUGCCGCUUCACCAAGUGCCUCAAAGUAGGCAUGCUCAAAGAAGGAGUUCGCCUGGACCGGGUCAGAGGAGGACGGCAGAAGUACAAGAGACGUCCAGAGGUGGAGAAUGCCACAUACCAGAGUGCACCAAUACCGUUAAGGAAAGAGGGAGAGAAAGGUUCAUCCAGCAUUAUCGUGUCACAUCUGCUGGUGGCGGAGCCAGAAAAGCUGUUUGCUAUGCCAGACCCACUGCAGCCAGACACGGCCCAGCGCACGCUUACCACUCUCUGUGACCUGGCUGACCGGGAACUAGUUGUCAUCAUCGGGUGGGCCAAGCACAUUCCUGGCUUCCUCUCCCUAUCCCUGGCAGACCAGAUGUCCGUGCUUCAGUCGGUGUGGCUGGAGGUGUUGGUGUUGGGGGUGGCUUACCGUUCUCUUGGCUGUGAGGAUGAGGUGGUGUUCGCAGAGGACUUUGUGCUGGAUGAGGAGAUGUCUCGUGUGGCUGGCCUGACUGAACUCAACGCUGCCAUCAGCCAGCUCGCGCGGCGCUUCAGGGCCCUACAGCUGGACCGCGAGGAGUUUGUCAUGCUCAAAGCCAUCGCGCUCACCAACUCAGAUUCGGUCUACAUUGAGGACAUGGAAGCUGUGCAGAAGUUGAGGGACCUUCUACACCAAGCUCUUCUGGAGCUGGAAGUCCAGCGAUGCCCUGAUGAUCCCCAGCGUGCCGGUCGUCUCCUCCUCACCCUGCCCCUCCUUAGGCAGACCGCCGGCCGGGCCCUCACCACCUUCUACAGCAUCAAGACCCGUGGCGGGGUGCCAAUGCACAAGCUCUUCCUGGAGAUGCUGGAGGCCAUGAUGGACUCACCCUAGAGAAGAGAAGACACUUGGAUGGAUGGAUGAAUGAGUGAAUGAGAAAGGACGAAGGAAACGGGCGAAAGAUAGCCCUAAGUCUUUUUUUGUGGAACAAGUGCAAGGGCUAAAGAACCCAAAAGAGAAACUUUUUGACAGAAGGGUUGAAUAUGAAGAAUAUGAGGUUGCUUUGUGUAAUCGUAGCUGUCUGCUGAUAACUUGAGUUACUCCUUAGGAAUGGUCUUUCACAACAAAUUCUCUUCCAUUUUCUCUAUAGGUACCAUGUCAUCCAAACUUUUUGGGUCAGUUUAGACAAAGUUAAUAUUUCUAUCAGUGUUAGGGGAACCACAGACAAUGCGUUAUUCAUUCUUUCACUGUUUCUUCAAGAUAAGUGUUAAUAGAAUUUAACCAUUACUUUAAACUCAGAGAAAUUCACCUGCCAAGGGCGCCUACUGAGACUGCAGCAAUACGAACUCUUCACGGAAUCACACAAACAGUUGAUUUAAUGAUAUCGCUUUGAUAUCUCCAUCUUUACUGAUAGUUGCCCAUUGAAACACAAAACAACGUGUCUGAAACCACAGCACCACAACUACAGUUACAAUAGUCAAGAGAGUAAGCUUUUUCUCCUUAAAACUGUGCAUUAAAGGCACUAAUGUACAGUUAUUAAUGUCUUUUUAAUGCACUCGCCAUACUAUAAGUGCUAUUUAAAUUUUUCCAGCUACAAUAGCUUUUUUUCUUGGUUUAAUAUGCAAAACCGAUGAACAUAAGCGAAGACCUACAGGAGUGAUUACACAGUAUACUGAAAAAUUUCAGCUUAGUUUACUGGUAUACACUGGCACUACAAGAAAAUUUACUGCAACAUUUAAUAUUAUGGAAAGCAAUAGGAAAGAUUUCAUUCAUUUGAUGUCAGUCAUUUUUAAAAUGUCUGCACUGAGCUGGCCUGCCAUGUCCUGCUUUGAAGCGCAGUUUAGUAGUGGCGUAGUUGCAUCGCAAAGACAGUUUUAUAAUAAAAAAAAGGAUGUUGCGUAGGAUUGUAGAAAAUGUUUUUCAUAAUUCUGGUAUACGCCACCGUCCUUUGUGUAUUUGCUUGUUGUUCCAAUAGAUUAACCAUAAUCAUUUUUAGAUGUGGAUUGUGUGAAUGAGAGAUUAUGGGUACUACAAAUGCAAAGUGCACAUGCUGAGCUGAACCGACGAUGGUGCAUCUAAAUCAGGGUAAAUGAGGAGUCUUCAGCUCCUGUAGGCCAGCCUGCUCCAGCUACUACUGUACUUUUUGCUGUGAGUUUUUUGUGUUUGGUUCCCAUUUAAAAGACGCUGUGGGACCUUGUCGCAUUGGCGAUGUCCUGAAUUCUUCAGAUGACAACAUGACACUGGCCUGCUAGUGACAGAUUGAGCCAGCACUGUUGGUGUCACUCAACUCAAAUCCAUUCAUCGCUUCUGCAUUCUGAGACAUUUCGAGAGACUGAACGAUGUUUUCAUUCACUCGGCGGAGAGAAGAAAAAAUGUCGUACUCUAUCCUCCAUUUAUACAUGGACACAGCAGGACGACCUCUGUUGGUUCAUUUAAACCAGGAGGUUUUGAGUCUGUGUCAUGUUCAUACUGAAAGCCUAUGUGGCUCAGAGCAACAUUUAAUGCAAAUUGGAAAGCCUCACAAUAUGGGGUCAACCAGAGCCCUCAGUCUGUGACUAUUUUUUUGGUUCUUUCAAGGUAUUUGUUGGUUUUACUGCUGUGUGGUCUAUUCGUAGCUGUUUGUUUGCAGACGAUUCAGUCUUCACUCCAUUCAGAGUGCUACAACUCUGCUACCUUUUAUUUAUUAUACACAUUUGAAAACAGGAGGAAGAAAAGCCAGUUGCCUCUUUGGCCUCUUACCAAUUUAAGUACUAAAAUGAAAACAACUGUUCUACAGUCGGACCUCUGAGGUGACGCCACAUCUUCAGGGUGCUUUCACUGUAUUCUGUUAGCAGCAAUGAUUGUAUGUGCACUCUGAAAGUGGUUCACGUCAACUAAUAGCAAAUAUACGUAAGGGAUAAAGCCGCAGAUUAAACCGCAUUCUGAACUGAAAAGUACAGUCCACGGUUGAUCUCUUUUUAAAAAAUAUUUUCAGCUCAAGAUUAGUUUAAAUCUGGGUCUUCAGAUUACUAGUCCAAAAUACUGAGGGGAUGUAUUGUUGUUAAGGCCUUUAGGAACAUUUUUAAUCAGCUAAUAUCAGUUUCUGGUUGAAUUUAACUUUAGUUUUUCCAUAUAUUCACCAUGAAGCUUGGCCUCAGGUUUGGUAUUGAAAUAAAGCAAUCCAUUUGGGAGAAUGUUAUGAAAUGUCUGUUUUGUACUGAAUUAUUUUUCAGAUGUCCUUUCUCUUUUUGUGAUUAACAUACUAACUUUGAAAGAAAAAUGAAAGCCAGUGGAAGUUAUUCCUCUCUCUUUGUUGUGAAGUUUUAUGACAAUAUUGCAGAUUUCAGGCGCUAACACAAAAGCAUAGUGUUACAGAAUGCUGUAAAACUCCUAUUUUCUUUUUCUUUCCUUUUUUUUUUUUCUUUCUUUCUUUUAGAUACAUGAAACCAGUCUGUCUGUUAAGGGAACUUUGUCAGUCUUCAAUAAAAUCAGUUUAUUUUCAAUUCAUUUCAAUGUAGACAGCUAAGAAAAGAGCUGAAAUAUGCUUUUCCUUUUUUUAACCUUUUCAGUAUGUUUUUUUUUAUUUAUUUUUUUUUUUAACAUGUUUUUUUCUCUUUUGUAUGCAGGAGUUAAUGUCUCUCCUAAGUGGUUAUUGGGUGGAAUGUGUACAUAACCAUGGAUGACUGGGUCCAUUUAAAGACAGCUGUAAAAUAUGUCAAUGUUUGUGUCAAUAAUAACUCUAAUAUAACAAUGAUAUUACUGAAGUGUUUUCAUAAGGCUAAGCAUUAUAUAAAGCCAUUUUGUCUGUCGAAGUUAGAGCAUAACAUGAUUGAGAGAUAAAUUAAAUUCAUGGCUAGGUGUUUGUGUGUCUGUGUAUAUUUAUGUAAAUGAGCAAUACCAGAAUUUACCAAAACGUUUUGUUUUCAAAUUGUUCUGUAUAUUGAUAUACUUUAAAUCAAACCUCAACAGUAAAACUAGUGAUAACAGUCGAUAGUAAUAAUACGGUAAAGAACAAAUCAAUAUUUGUAUUCAAAAAUGUUGUAUUUAAAAGAUUAAAAUCUAUUUUUUACUCAAUUUGCGGAUGUUUAUUAAUGUUGUUCUGGUAUUUGUGCGUGUUUAGGUCAAAUGAUUGUAAAUGUCUGUUUUUUUUUUUUUUUUUUGUAAAGCUCAGUGGUUCUGCAGUAGUAACUAUUUUAAAACUUUGUUCAUAUUGAAUCACUGUGAAGAGCAAACGCUAAAACACUACAGGAACAAUAGAGGUAUUUUAACAUAUUGUCAGUGUCAUUGUGUUUUGUAAUAAAUUAGCACACGUCAUCACUUGUCAUUGGAUUUCUAUGUCAUUUUG